AUGGCCAGCUCUCUUUGGCCUAAUAAUGCUGAGGCAGCUGUGAGCUUCACAAUAGACAACCUUGGCGAAGCUCAAGAAAUAAACAGCGGCACCUGGCCUUCCCAAAAGCCAAUUGGGCAACACUCGUCCGUCAUAGAGGCGCUGCCGCGCAUGCUGAAAAUCCUCGACGAGUCUGCCGUCAAAGCAACCUUUUUCUUCGAGACCUGGAGCCUGGGAGUGUAUCCUACUGUUGGCCGAGAUAUCAUUAACCGCGGGCAUGAACUUGCCUGGCAUGGAUAUCAACAUGAGACGUGGUCCAAACUCUCUCCGCAAGAGGAACAGGCAAUCUUUGACAAGAGCCUUGCCGAUGCGAAAAAGCUGGAAAUAAAUUAUGCCGGUUUUCGGCCUCCCGGUGGCCUGAUCAACGACACCACGUACGAUUGCCUGCAUAAACAUGGGAUUCGCUACAUAUCUCCAGCUGCAGAAAGGGCCGCAAUUACGCGCGACAUUGUCAUCCUGCCAUUUCAUUGGAAGACCACUGAUGCGUACUUCUAUAUGAACGGAUUCUCUGGAUUGCGGAAAUUCUACGGCGCCCAGGAAGAUGCAUUCGAUCCUAAAGUCUUGAAAGAGAGUUUUCUUCAGCAAUUGGAAGACGCUGUGGCGUCCAACGCGUACAUAUCCUUUCUCUUCCAUCCCAUACUUCAGACUAGCGAAGAGAAAUUCCUGGCCAUGAGAGAAGUGGUAGAACUGGUCGCUAAAGAUGCUCGAAUAUGGUGUGCACCUUGUACUGAAGUUGCUGACUGGAUCAUUCAACAUCCAGAGUCGUUUCCAACUGACCCUUCUUGGAUCAAGGCUAGUUGGUAG